AUGCCGGACUCGCAAAACGAAUACUUCAGGAAGUUGACUGGCAACCGUCGGUUCAACACGUACAUUCCCAUGUUUUUGCAACUGGCCACGUCCGCGCCUUGUGCCCCUUCCGGAGGCACUCAGUUGGAUUACUCAAUGCUUCGCAUCAUGAAACCGUUCCCAUUGAGCGUUUCGCGGCUCUCGGCCUUCGAGUGGGUUUUGAACAAGGCGCCCAAACUGGACACUCCAGCUGCUGACAACGUCCUCUCCUUCAUCAAGCAGCCCACAAUGGCCGUCACGGUGCUCCAGCCCUUCUCUGCGUUGGAAAUGACGAGCAACACCAAUGGCACUGUGGUUUUGGCGGUUGUCUUUUCGGAUCCAGUUGUUCGCACCUCCGUUCCGCCUCCGCAGUUUGUGGGUUUGGAUUGGAUUCGUCCCAAGCGCCUGUGGCCAAACAACUUUGCUGUUCGUCUGCAACCCACCGCGUCCUCGGUCGGCACCGUUACUGGAAAUGUCACAAACGUCGUGUAUGAGGAAGCGCAGCUGCAGGUGCAUUUGGUUGUCACUGUCACUUUCGGUCAGCAACUUGCCGUUGGCGACACAAUCACAACCACCGCCGUGAACGUCGAAGGCGCGAAUGAGCAGCCCAUCUUCCAGCCCACACAAGCCGUGCAGCUCAACUUUGAGCCAGUGUUCCAGCUCGCUUUCGUUCAGUGGAAUGUCACGAAUACCACAACUGUGCUUGCUCCGUUUGACACUUUGCGUGUCGCCACGGUUCGUGCCGACUUCAGCGAGCCGGUCUUUUCCGCGGCGUCUGGCGGAUCUCUCGACGUUUCGUGCUUUGCUCUUUUGGGCUUCGACGUCGCCAGCUCGGGAGUGUUUGCUGCGAACGCCACCAUCCUUGCCGUGACGCUUGUGCCAGGCUCCAAUAGCACUGCCUAUUUGCUCGAUCUGUCCUAUUUCCAGCUUGGUCCGUACGAUUUGCCGCUCUCGGCACCGAUGUACUAUGUCUUCCCCACUGGCGCUGGCAUUAUCACACGCGGUACCGAACACCGUGCUGCAACCGCGGUUCGAGCUGAUUUGCGCGUACCUGUGACUCUUCCUGUUCCGCCGGCCUGA